AUGGGUAAUGUGUACACAAAAAAGAUCUUUGAGGAAUUUCAAAAUGAAUACUUUGGAUCCAUUGAAUCGGACAUAGAAACAAUUGAAUAUGGCGAGGCUAGUACCAUUUACACAGUUAUUGAUGUUGGUAACAAACAUACAAGGAAAGUCAAGAUGGAGAGGGAUGACUCUUUGGGUUGUAAUUGUACAAAGUUUAAAAGGGAAGGAAUCUUGUGUUGUCACUCAUUGAAGGUUAUUAGAGACAUAUUGAAGAUGAAAGAGGUUCAUCCACAAUACAUUCUAAAGAGGUGGACCAAACAAGAAAGAGUCAAAACUGUGAAGGACAUUAAGGGGAAUGACAUUCAAGUAGAUGUGAAAUUCCAACAUGCCUCGCGGUAUAAGACAUUGAUGACUGCAUUUAGAACACUAGCAAGUAGAGCUGCUGAAACUGAAGAAACUUAUGAUUUUUGUAUUGCACACCUUGCUACAUUAGAUGCAAAUGUUGAAGGCAAGUUAAGUGCUCGUUUUGGUGUUGGAAAUGAAGUAAGUAAUGAUGAUGACACCCAAAGCUUUGAAGUGGAUUGCGAAGAUAUGAAUCAAGUUGUGUAA